GUGUGCACAGCCGCCUUGCCCGCCUUUCAGGGCUCCGACCAGAGAGGCCUUUUCCUGGCCCAUCCGCGCCGCGCAGGCGCACGCCCACGCAGCGCCUAGAUGGCCGACCCGUGCGUCCUGUCUCCUAGUAACCAUCCUCUAGCCCGCGCCUUUCCGGAAGCCGCCGGGACGCGCAUGCGCGGUGGUCGUCCCUUAGCGCUUAGAACACCUGUUGUUGCUUCGAAGCCAACAGCGAGCAGGUCGCUGGAGCCCGAGGCGUUCCUGGCUGAGGGAAACGGUUACUCCCUAGAGCUGCUCCGGUGCGCGGCUCCUGACAGCGUCAGGAAGCUGUUCUGUGGGAGCCUUCAGAACUAUCUUCCCAGAAGAUACUGCCCACAAUGUUCUGGGUCCUCAUACAUUCAUCUUUAAUCAAGAAAAUGCCCCACAGGCUCACCUAGAGGCCAGUCUGAGGGAGGCAAUUCCACAAUCAAGAUUCCCUCCCUUCCAGAAAUGUUUAGGUUGUGUCAAGUUGACAAAAAUUAACCAGCCCACUUGGAAAGAGUUUUAAAACAGGACUACUAGCUUCUUCCCCUAAGCCAAGGAAGUGAGUGUUUCCUUCUUUUCUGGAAACCCCAAGAGUGUAAUCACAUUGAAGAAACAUUUCCACUACUUAAAAGGGGUCCUCACACUCCCUUGAUGUUUGACCAGCUCUCCCAAUGGGGUUUUUUCUAAGUAAAGCUUCCACUCAAACAACUGCUGUGCUGGUGGAUUCAGAAGUGAACGAUCACUUAAUGCAAAGAGCUGAGAAGAGUGAAUUGGAACCAGUGACUCGGUUAUUUCAAACCACCAACAAAAUAAAGUUAGAAGACACAAGCCAAGGAAACUUCACCAGAAAGGAAGGGACUGACACAGGAUGGAAUUCCAUGAGCUUUGUGAAGGAAAAUGAUGGCCUCGUAAUGACAGAUUUGGAAUGAAGUCACCUGGACAUAUUACCAAAGAAAUCAAAAAUUGAUUUUGAUUAAAGGAUGUGUUCAAUGUAGCUGAAGGCCAUUAGCCUAACAAAAUGAAAGAAGGGAGAAAAGGCCCUCCUAAAUCCAAAGUAGAUUUCUUCCCUGUCAAACACCACAGUUAUUUUUACUAACAGUAUUUGGUACUAAUGCACUUUACUGUAAUUAUCAUAAAGAUUUUUAUUGAGUAGUAUGAAAGGGGGAAGCUAAGCAAAACAUGACUCACACCUUUUCUGGUGAAGCCCUUUCAUACACUGCACUUCAAGUUCAGGGGUUUGCUUUGGAAUCCUUUACCUUUCUACAUGUUCAGGAACUCUUUCUGUUCUGUGAGAGAGCACUGUUGAUCGGUCCUUGGAAAAGAACAGUGAACCACCUCUCUUCAGAAGCAUUUCACACUCUUAGGCCUUUUUCUGCCAUGCUGCCUUCAUUUCAGAACUAGGAUGCAGUUCUUUCCAAGUUAAAUGUGUUUUUCUUGUAAUAACUACCAUUUUAUAACAAUAUCUCAUAUAAUAAAAGCAAAAACUUGUUUUAUAUCUGUUAAGAUAUAUAUAGUCUGAAAAAUUAAUACUGCCCCAAGCAAUGGUAGAUGAAAUUAAAACUAUUUAGUAUCUAGUA